UCUAUCUAGAGCUUCUCUUGUACCUUAAACUCUUUAUUAUAUCUUUCGUUACGUCAACGUUGGUCAAUAAUGAAGCUGCUCAUUAAGCUGUUCUUCAUUCUCAUGAUCGUUUUUGUAGAUUUCACCAUAUGUACUUAUGCUGCAUUAGCCCCAGAAUUAGAAGAUCUUGAUGACAAUAAUUAUGGAGAACUUGUUGUUCAAGAACAUAAUGAUCGUAAUAAUCUAGGAUCUUCUUCUGAUGAUAUAAAAGCUCAUCAAGUAGUGCAACGUUUCCUUUCGCAAAAGAAUAAGCAAAAGAAUCGCCGGACAAAUUGCAAGAAGUUUCCGGGGAUUUGUGGAGCGAAAGGCAGCCCUGGGCCGAAUUGUUGCAAGAGGAAGUGUGUGGAUUUGGUGAGAGAUAGCCAAAACUGUGGCAAGUGUGGGAAGAAGUGCAAGUACAACCAGAUAUGUUGCAAUGGCAAGUGUGUCAACCCCUCCUUUAACAAAAACCAUUGCGGUGCGUGCAACAAUAGCUGCAACAAUGGCGGCCUCUGUGCUUUUGGUCUUUGCAACUAUGCAUAGGACUCUAACAUGUACAUACUGUACACUCUUAUAUAUGUGAUCACUAUAUGUUCUUUAUUUAAUUUAUUAGUUUUGGGAUCAAAUUCUUUACUAUGUGAAGAAGAAUCUUAUAAAUUUUUCAUGUUAUUGGGGGCAUUGAUACAAUAUUUAUCAGAUAGCAAGCCUAGAAUAAUACAUAAAUGUGUGAUGUUAUAUGUACAAUUUUUAGCUGUAGCUUUGUGAAAUUGAUUCUUUGUUAGUGUACAAGGGAUCUAUAUCAAA